AUGUCCAACGCACCUGAAGUCGUCCCUGCCAAUGCGCCAGAGGUCGUACCUGCAAAUGUACCUGCAAAUGCGCCAGAGGUCGUCACCGAUAGCCCUCAUGACCACCAUGCUGCCCACGGCUCCGACGCGCGCCAUCGCAAAAGGAGCACCGGUCUGGUAGAGAUCCACGAUGCGAGUGGCCACACAAAGCGAGUGAACCUCGAAGAAAUGAGCGAUGCCGAUGCCCAACUAGCAGCCCAGUUUGGCUACAAACCCGUUUUCAAGAGAGAGUUUGGAUACCUCUCGACCUUCUCCUUCGCCGUUAGCAUCAGUGGUUUGUUCGCAACGACCAUGACUACCUUCUCAUAUCCUCUCUAUGCUGGAGGAUCCGCGUCGGUGGUCUGGUGUUGGUUCAUCUCUGGUGCUGGCUGUCUGUGCAUUGCCUUAUCUGUUGCCGAGCUGGUCUCCGCAUAUCCCACUUCGGGAGGACUGUACUUCACUAUUUCUAGGCUGGCUCCUAAGGAAUGGGUUCCCUCAUUGAGCUGGAUUACCGGUUGGAUUAACCUGCUAGGCCAGGUUGCCGGCGUCGCCUCAUCGGAGUACGGCGCGGCCCAAAUGCUUCUCGCGGCCGUGUCCAUGGGAGCGGAUUUCGACUAUGAAAUCACCACCAACACAACCGUCGGUGUCAUGGCCGCCCUGACUGUGUUCACUGGACUGGUAAACUCGCUGUCGACCUACUGGAUGGAGAAGAUGACCAAAACCUAUGUUAUCUUCCACAUUCUUGUCCUGGUAUCCGCCUGCAUUGCUCUACUGGUUAUGACUGAAAACAAACACGACGCCAAAUACGUCUUUACUAAUGUUGAGUCGACUUCGGGAUGGACACCUACUGGCUUUAGCUUCUUGUUCGGCUUCUUGUCCGUCUCGUGGACCAUGACAGAUUAUGAUGCAACCGCUCAUAUUACCGAAGAAAUUUCGAACCCCGAGCUCAAAGCCCCAUGGGCGAUUUCGCUGGCCAUGGCUUUCACCUAUGUUGCUGGGUGGCUUUAUAACAUAGUGUUGUGCUUUUGCAUGGGUAACAAGGAUGAAAUUCUUCUAAGCCCGAUCGUUCAACCUGUCGCACAGAUCUUCUUCAACAGUCUUGGAAAAGCCGGAGGUAUCUUCUAUACGGUUUGCGGGUUUAUCAUCAUUAAGUUCGUCUGCUUCACAGCCAUGCAGGCAUUGGGUAGGACUGUCUUCGCCUUUUCCCGCGACAGGCUGCUUCCAUUCUCAUCGACCUGGACCAAGGUUAACUCAAUCACCGGAACUCCUUUGUAUGCCGUAUGGAUUUCCGUGGCCGCCUGUGUCGCUAUCAACUUGAUUGGUCUUGGGUCUUACACUGCCAUUUCCGGUGUUUUCAACAUCUGUGCCAUCACCCUUGACUGGAGCUACAUCAUCCCUAUCAUCUGUAAAUUAUGGUUUGGGAAAUUCGAGCCAGGACCAUGGCAUAUGGGCCGCGCUAGCAAAUAUGUCAACAUUUGGGGUUGUAUCUGGACUACAUUCGUCACAGUCAUCUUCAUCCUUCCAACUGUCAGGCCUGUUCAAGCCGACACCAUGAACUAUGCCAUCGUCUUCUUGAUGUUCAUCCUCGGAGCCGCCGCCGUAUUCUGGUAUACUGGUGGCCGCAAGUACUACACUGGGCCGAUCGCAGAGGCGGAGGCGCAGCUCGACGAGAAAUCUCAAUCCUCCGAAGGAGAGACCGUAUUGAUCGAGGGAGCGAAGGAAGCACAGACCUAA